AUGUCUCCCCAACUGGCCCCCCUCGAGCUGACACUUGUGGUCGCCGCCACCGCCCGCGAUAUGGGCAUCGGGGCCAACGGCGGCCUGCCUUGGACGGGCCUGCGCAAAGAGAUGGCUUACUUUGCGCGUGUCACGAAGCGUGGGGAGGGCAACGCCGUCAUUAUGGGCCGCAAGACGUGGGAAAGCAUCCCGCCCAAGUUCCGGCCUCUGCGCGGCCGCGUCAAUGUGGUCAUCAGCCGGUCAUUUGCGCCUGGCUUGCCACAAGAUCCAGCCGGUGGACCCGAUGCUGGUCCCGUGGAGGCGUCAUCGUUGGAGUUGGCCCUGGAGUACCUGCGGACAAAGACCGCGGCGGCGGCGGCACCAGAAACAGCGAAUACGGCGAACAACCGCGUCUUUGUGAUUGGCGGAGCACAGAUCUACGCUGCCGCGCUGGGCUUGGCGGCGGCGCGGCGGGUGCUGUUGACGCGCGUACUGUCAGAUUUUUCCUGUGACACAUUCUUCCCCCUCGCGCUGGGAACAAGCAGCUCAACCGAGGCGACUCCCGACACUCCAAAAUGGGUGCAGCGGAGCCCGGAAGAGCACUCGGCGUGGAUCGGUGAAGAGGUGCCUGAAGGCGUGCAGACAGAGAAUGGGACAGAAUAUGAGUUUCAAAUGUGGGAGAGAGUAGAUUAG